CUCAGGGCCUAACUCACAAUUAGCUCAGCUCCCAUCGUCUGCCUGACUGGCCCCCCACCCAAGAGCGCCAUCAGAUAUUGGAACGGGGUGUGGUAUUGCACUCAGCAUUCCUCUAGGGAGCUCUGAGUAUUUUUCCUCAUGAGCCCUAUUUACAGCUAGAGAGGGAACCUGUGUGAGAGGGCAAGUGGACCACUCAGUCCCUGACCUCAGGAGGCUGAGGGUAGCCGUCUCUCUUUGUUUAAAGGAACUCCCUCGUCCUGAUUAUGAGUGGUGACUCCCUUCCUCCUGCAGCUUGGAGGCCCUGCUCUUAAUUGCUCAGUGCCUGAUCCAGAAGCGGACCCCGAAAGUACGUCAGAGACGGAGGAAGGAGAGUUCUGGGACCAGUAGUUCGCUCUGUGGCACUGGCUGGAGGAAUUCCAGCAACUUGAUGUGCAUGCCAUAGCUCGCCACCUUUCCCCACAAGGAGCUGCAAUAACUCAGAGGUUUCUGAAGCCAGCAAAGGGCUUCUAAGGAGGCAGACGCCUGAAGCAGCGGUAAUAGAAGCAGAGCAGCAGUAGCAGCAGCAGCAGCAGCAGCACCCAACCCCAGGGACAGGGAAAUUGAAGAUCCUGAGGCAAAAGGGAAAACAGCGACUGAGUGAACCUGCCUUUUCCACUGACUGGGGCAACGGAGAGACAGCCCUAGUUCCUGCUCUCGCAGUCUUGAAGGGGCCUGUAAAAGCCAAACAGCUGAGGCAUGGCCGAAGGGGAGAUCACAACCUUCACAGCCCUGACCGAAAGAUUUAACCUGCCACUGGGGAAUUACAAGAAGCCCAAGCUUCUCUACUGUAGCAAUGGGGGCCACUUUUUGAGGAUCCUUCCUGAUGGCAAAGUGGAUGGGACAAGGGACAGAAAUGACCAACACAUUCAACUGCAACUAAGCGCGGAAAGCGUGGGUGAGGUGUAUAUAAAGAGCACUGAGUCUGGCCAGUAUUUGGCUAUGGACACCGAUGGACUUUUAUACGGCUCACAGACACCCAGUGAAGAAUGCUUGUUCCUGGAGAGACUGGAGGAGAAUCAUUAUAACACCUACAUAUCGAAGAAGCAUGCGGAGAAAAAUUGGUUUGUGGGCCUCAAGAAGAAUGGAAGUUGCAAACGAGGUCCCAGGACUCACUAUGGCCAGAAAGCCAUACUGUUUCUUCCCCUCCCUGUGUCCUCUGAGUAAGGAAAUCUGAAUGAGGUGUUGGCCACUCCAGAGCAAUCCCAGGAGUCUCAAACACCUCCUUCCCUCUCCUCUGGAUCCCUAAACGUCCCUUUGCCUCUUGGGUAGCCUGAUCCUGAGAUCAACAGCCACCUCUAUUUGCAAGCUAUGUGCUUUUAAAUUCCUAGUCCCUCUUACGCAAAGCUGUUUGCACUAGUAAAGCUCGGCACAAAUGGACCAAAAUGCUGCUAGGGCCAACAGGCCAGGCUGUCCCAGGCUGUGUUUUGAUUUUCCGUUGUUAUGUGGAUCUCAGCAGCAGGACAGGCCUCUCCAAUGCAAAGGUGCAUGCAUGGGGCCAAAUGAAGUGUGUAAAGGGACAUGCCAAAUGAGUCAUUAGUAACUUCAUGCAAUUCCUCUCUGAGGGAGCAAACCCCAUCUGCUCUUUUCCCCAAACACCUGGCUCAAAGCCCUCUUCCUUUUAACACCCCACAAAUAUUAGCAGAGUAACUUAUUAUAAGGUUGGAGGGGGAGGGCCACCCACAGAAAGAAGGAUCAGGGAUGCAGAACCAAGGGCUGCAAAUGGGAAAGGCCAGAUGAGACCCUGUGGAAGAGAAUCUCAAGGUAGAAAGAACAAAGGAAGAGGAGAAGGAGGAGGAGGAUUAACUGAGAGAAAUCCUUAUGCUUCUUUAACCUUCUAAGGUUUUGAGAAGAAUGUUGGUAGAACAGCAGGUACCAGUAAAGGGUUCUAGGUUGGGUACAAGAUGAGGAUGACUUGAAAGAGCAGGAAAAACAAGAGUUGAUCAAUUCAGUGGCAGUUGUCACAAAGGGAAACUAUAUUGUCCAGUGGCCUUCAAGUAGGAAGAGUUGAAAAAAGAGAAGGAAGGAGAAAGUAACUAUAUAAAUAGUGGAGGCUUUCACCCUUUAUAAGCAGAGGUCACAAGAUUAUAGAGCUGGAGAAGACUUUAGAGGUCAUUCAGUACAACUUCCUGAGGAAACUGAGGCCUAGAUCAGUUAAGUUAAUUUUCAAAGGUUACAUAGCUAAUAAGGAGUAAAGGCAAGUUUUGACUCUAGGAUCCUGACUCCAAAUUCAAUGUUCUUUCUACUACAUACAGUUUGUAGACCUCAGUAUGUAGAAAUGUUGGGAGCCCUAAGAGACCAUGAAUGAAUGGAAGAGACCUAAGAAGUUACAGAAUAAUUCUCAAGUUCUAAAAUUCCAGUGGAACUUUGCAAACAGACCCUCUCACUUUCAACCAGUCAUCCUUAAAAUGCCCUGGUCAUGCACCUUUCAGGGGGACCCCCAGACACUCCAAGGAACUGCUUGUAUCAUACUUAUAACUAUAUUUUAAAAAGUCAAAUAACAAAACAAUUCUAGCAUGGGACAUAGGGUACUGACCUCCAGGGAUGGGUCAUUCUUCUUUCAUGGAGCAAUCCAGUGGACAGUCUGUCCCUAGUAUGGUGCCUUUCAGGAUCUCAUUGCCAUGGCAACCCAUUUCCAUUUUCUCCUCCACGAUUCACCACUCUGACCCUCCUCUGCUCCCCCUUCCAGACUUCCAUACCCUGCCAUAGAAGCGCUCUAGAAUCUCUACACUGAUCAGGGCAGACUCUUGCUGUCACCCCUUCCUCACCCACCACCAACUCAGCAAAUUUGGCACAGUUUCAAAUAUAUAACUAGAAAUUCCAUUACCCUGGAAAGUAAAAUAUGUGUGUGUUUAGGUAGGAAGCAGUGUACACUACCAAUAUAAUUUUUCCUGAUUGUCCCUAGGCCCGAUGCAGCCUAGUUAGAAUUAUAUUGGUUCAACAGUGGGGGAGAGCAUGGCCUAGAGUGAUAAGACCACUAGGGUAGGAUUGGUCAAGGCAGUGAUGGAACAGGGAUGGGAAUUACACCCAUGAGUAAAGGUCUGGUGGAUGUCUGUCGCAAAUAAGAAGAAUGCCUCCCUUCCAAGAUGACGGUACCCUAGUCACCCCAUGCUCAUUACAGUUCUGCCAGGCACAAAAAUUCCUAGUUUCUGCUCUAGAAAAAAAAUACUGACUGUAAGUGCUCCACUAAUAGUGAGAAAGAUGCCUUUUGGACAGUAUCUUGAGGUCUUACAAAGGCACAUUUCACAAAUGGUACAACUCUAGCUACUAUCUUACCAAAAGAAAAGUAAGAUUUCAAUGAUUAUUAAUAUGCUUCUCACUUGAAGUAAACCCAAACCAUAUGGCUAGCAAGCUAGUAGAAAUAUAGCUCAUCUCUGACUUAUAAUACUGGUAUCUUGUUAAUAGCUUUACUAUUCCAUAUUAUUUAUUGAGAGCAUAUGUUUUCAUCAUAUACUUAAACUAUCUAGAGACCACCUGCAGUUAAACCUCAUUAACAUUCAACUCAUUAAGGAUGAUGGCCGUAUCAUAUGACAGUCAAUUCUUUAUAACCCAUAUUACAUUUACUCACAAAAGAAGAUAUCUCUUUGUCUUCUUUGUCUUUGGUUUCCUCUUGUGCUGCUAUGAAUUCUCUAUCAGAAAAAAAAGAAAAGAUGUCUUGUCUAAGACAGAGGAGACAACACCAUAACUUUGAACAAGGUCUCAUGGACCUUGAACAAAGUCUGAUUGACGCUUCCAUCACAGGUUUUUAUGAGAGAGCUGAGCCAAUGUGAAGUGAGAAAACACCUUAGCAACAGAACUGUCACAUUGAGAUUGGAAGGAAAAGUUACAGCUCCCAGAAAAGGUGUUUCAAGUCACAGUGCUGCUGAAUAAUUCAAAUCAAGGGGCUAAGACUGUAAUUAAUAAUGCUACUCUACACUCCUUUUCCUUCUGUGAUCUCCCCUUAUCCUUUCACAUCAAUUAUCCCAUUUGUUGCUAUUAACAAACCCCAUGAAGGAGCUAGGGACAGUGCAAUCCUGAACAAUAUCCCUCUGCCAUUAUAUCUCGGCCAGAAUAAAAGUUAUACAAAGAGGAAAUUCAAGGGAUUUCUAAUAGUCUGUAAUGAUUUAUUGUUGAGUUUAGUCCAAGAAACAAUGAACGCUGUUGCUAACUGAUAGGAUAGGUGGACCCUUGUUGUCACAGAACCAUUGUGAUGCUGACAUUAAUCCAGUAACUGCUGCGCCACCAAGGCUACACCUAGAAGAAGCUGCAGAAUCAUAGGAUUGUAGACUAAAAACUAGAGGUGACAUUAGAGGGGUCAAGGGUCACAUUGUUAGGAAGUAUCAAAACUGGGGUUUGAAUCCAGGGUCUCUGUUUCUAUGGCACCAUCCUGCCAAUACCUGAGAUGCCACUGCCCAGAAGCAGAGUUUUUUCCAUAAACUGAUUCAGUUUACUUUCAUGACUAACAGAAACCUAUGGGGAAAUGGGGUGACAACAAUUUGGGACCCGUUUGCCAAGUCAUGUGACCUGGCUGGUUUGUGACUGGAAUGACUCAUCAUGCACUAACACCAAAUUUUGCCAUUACAAGUUCUCCCAGGGCAUGAUGCUUGUUAUAUAAGAAACAUAUUGCAGAUCCAUUCCUUUCUGUUAUGUAAAAAUCAGUGGCCUGAUUCAUUCAUUUUACUCGGUUGGCUGAAGAAAUGAAAUUGAGUACCAGAUGUCCCGUUCUCUAAAGAUCGAGCAACUUCCAUCAGUGAAAAAGCCUCAUGUUAACCCCUAAUAUAAUGCCCCCCUAGAUCUUCAAAGGGGGUGUCAAAGUAUACCAUAGCAUCCACAUCAACUGUGCAAAUGUGUCAGCAAUCCAGGAAGAUGGCUUUCAAAUUCCAAAAAGAAAAUUUGCCAAAACCUAGUGGUCUUGUGCUAGCCUUCUUCCUUCCCAGCUCCAUUUGGAAUUUUCUCUGGUUUGUUAUUAAGGAUGGAUUCCCUCCCAUUAUGUUUUAUUUCCCUUAAGCGUAUCCUUCUCUCUGGCCUUUUUGUAAUGUGUCCCCUGUUUGUAAACCCAUCCAGCGAUGUAUUGUCUAACACUGCUGUCCUACUUCCUUGUCAGAAGCACUUAGGUUUUCAAUUAUUUUGUGUUGUUAUUUCCCCCUGCACCCUCCCCCACCCCCCACAGCAGUGGUGACAGAUGUGGCUCCUUUGGGACCAACAGUGAGCAUGUGCUAGACAGUUGACCAGGGCUAGGGGUGCAGGCCUAAGCUUAAGCAGAGACUUUCCUUUGAAUGAUAGGAAACUAACCAGUUCUAAUAAGGUAUGGAAGUCAGGACCUGGGCUCUAUUAGCAGCAUAACUGGUACCCAGUUAAGGGGCUGCAAGUGAAACCUAGCCAUGGUCUUGUGUGGUUCUCCAUUUUGUGUGGCUCAGCAUCUUAUGAAAGAAAUAAAUAAAAGUUCAAUAACGG